ACUCGUUAACAAAUUUAUGUUUGUGAAAGUGGAGUGAAGAGGCCAUUUGACUUCUUCUUCAGCUAAACUAAAAGUGUCACUCCAAGCCAAAAUUUUAAGGCAAGCUUUCAGGUUUCGGAUACUUUUUCUUUGAGUCUCUUGGUUUGCUUAACUAGCCUGGUUUGAUAGUUGAUACUACUUUGUAUAUUUUUAUAGCUACUCUUUGCAAUAACCAAUUAGAGUAACAUUAAGGUUUUGCAAUUUACAUUUAUUUUCAUUUGUGUUUAUGUUUUUUUUUUUAUUUUUUUUUAAACAUUUGAUUCCUAGCACAAAUAACACAAAUUGAGAAUUAUGUCAAUGUCAUCAUUCUGUGAUGAUGAACUAGGCUUAAUACUCGAGCGGGUCCAUGACCCAUGUGACAGAAAGUCGGUCUCUUUAGUUUGCAAGCAAUGGCUGAGAGUGGAGGGUCUUACCCGCUUAUCCAUACGGGUUUUCGAACUCGAUUCCCUUCGUUGGUUCCUACCCAGAUACCCAAAUAUAGUCACAUUUGAAUGUUCAACACUAAUCAAUGAUGAUGAGCUUAAAUUCUUGGCCAAAACAUGUCCCAAGCUUGAGGUCCUUAACCUUAGUUUAGAACGCCCAUUCCACGACGAGUUUACAACUGUUUUUGAUAAUGUUUACGACGAUGGUUUAUGUGCUUUAGGAAAUGGGUGUCACAAAUUGUCGAAAGUUUUACUAAGGAGGAGGAUUUGCUGGACUGUUGUUUCGCUUGUUAAGUUGGCGCAAAAUUUGACAAUUAUGGAUUUGGCAAAGUGCUGUUUAGUUACAGAUCAAGACCUUGAAGCUAUGGGGGCAUUGAAUUCUAUUACUAUUUUGAAUUUGGAAGGCUGUUCAAUUACAGAUGUUGGAUUGGUUUCUUUGGCAACAGGGGCUUCAUCGAGGUCUUUGAAAAAGUUGGUUCUCGAGGGAUGUUAUCAAAUUACAGAUUAUGGGGUGUCAAGUUUGAGACAAAUGUGUUGCUUGGAGGAGCUUAACAUGGCAGAUUGUGGCACGAAAGUUACGAAUAUUGGAUGUGUGGAACUUGCUGCAAUUCAAACUCUCAAGAGACUAAAUUUGUCGUGGUUGUCAAAUGUAUCAGAUCCUACACUUUUAGCACUAGCUGAGAACUGCCGGAAUUUGAAGCAGGUUGAUUUAACAGGUUGUGAGUUAAUUACUGGAGCUGGAAUUCGUGCUUUUGCAAAUCAUGGGUGUGUACAAGCUCUUGUGUUGAGUUAUUGUCGCAAUAUUUUUGCUUAUGAUUUGGAACAUUUAGCACUUGGAUGCCGCUCAUUAAAGUAUGUUGUGCUGGAUAGAGGAUGGAAAGCGGCGAUGCCUAUGAAGAUGGUAGAGAAUAUUAGCAGGUUCUGUGACAUAAUUUGUAGGCUUUAAUGAACAAAUAAACAUCAAUUUGGUUGGCUUGGAUUAUAUCCAGGCUAGUAACUGUUUGUGUCA